GCAAAUUCAAAAAAUGUUAAUAAUUUUACAAUAGUAGUAAUAGUAUUAAAUUUAAAAUUUGCGCCAAUUUCACAAAUCUGCAGUCAUAUUUUGCGCACGCGCAAGUGUAUGCUUCUGUAACUGACUUCAAGCAACAGCUGUCAGAGACAACAAUGCAAUUCGGUAUUUUAUGCAAUAGAUAUAUACUUUAAGUGCAAUAAAUCUUGUUGGAGUCAAAUAUGAAACGCAUUUACUCGAGUGGUCAUCAAAAAAGGGCAGAGAAAAGGCGUAGAGAAAACGCAAGUAUUGAAAACACAAAAAAAUUGACAUCUUGGUUUAGUAAUAAACGAGAAGAAAAAGAAGAAGAAGAAAGAGUCGAAGAAAGAAUCCAAGAAAAAUGUGCCGAUGGAUUUGAUUGUAAAUAAAAUUGACUUAAAUUUCAGUAUAUUUAUUAUAAAUUAGCUAUUCGAGCCCCAUUCCGGGUCCAAAUAACCUCAAUCUUUUCUAAUUCCGCCCUCCGAAUCGGGUCUGAAAUGGCUGGAGUCAAAAUUUUAUGGAAUACUUUUGUAAAUAAACUUUGCUUUUUUAUCUACUUAUACAUUUUAUAUACAUAUAUAAUUUCAGACUCUAAAGAGACUGACUUUUGUGAGUCCAUUUCUUCCGGUGAAGAAAUAAUUUCGAUGGAUACUUUAAAUAAGUCAGAAAUAUUACAAAAUUCACCCAGUACAAUAAAAUCGGGCGAAGAUGUGGUUUGUGAUAAAAGCGCAGACUUUCCUCAGGAACUUGUUGAUGUUGAAAAAUCUUCUGAUUCGUCUAAUAUCUUUCCGGAUGUUAUAACUGAUAAGAAAAUCAAACUAGCUAUUAUUUUAUCCGGUCCAAAUCAACCACCAGGUCCUUUUCCACGAGACGAAAAUCAAGAAAAUCGUUCUUUCUCAAAUGGGUAUUACUUCACCAUCGCAAAAUCUGGAUUGAAAUUAAAUAGAAAUUGGCUGUGCUAUUCAUCUGAAUUAGAUUGUGUUUAUUGCCAACCUUGUUGGCUGUUUCCUCAGGAAGCAGUUGCUGUAUCUUCAGCACAUAAUGUGUGGAUCAGAGGUGUGAGAGACUGGAGGCACCUUUCGGAGCGAAUUAAAUCUCACGAAACUUCACAAAAUCAUACAAAUUCAUGUCUGCUUUACGAACAAUGGCGAAAAAAUGGACCAAUCGAGAAAGCAUUCGAAGAAGAUUUUAAAAGAAAACAAAAUUUUUGGCGCAAAGUAAUAGAACGACUUUUAGAUGUAACACUUAUGAUGGCUUCUUGUAAUCUUGCUUUUCGUGGAAGUUGCGAAAAUAUUCAGGAUCGUGGAAAAGGAAAUUUUUUGUCUAUUGUGCAGCUUCUCGCGAAAUACGAUCCCAUUUUGCAAGAACUAUUAGAACUUCCGAAUGGAUCUGUGAAUUAUUUAGGUCCUAAAUCACAAAACGAAUUUAUAUCAGUCCUAUCAAAACAAGUUCUCAACGAAAUCGAGAAUGAAAUACGAAAUGCUCUUUUUUUCUCGAUAAUUCUAGAUUCAACUCAAGAUAAAAGAAAAGUUGAUCAAUUGAGUCAAGUUUUCCGGUAUGUCAAAAUUGUUUAUGACUCUGUUGGUAAACCGCUGGAACUCAAAAUAUGUGAAGUGUUUACAGGGUUUCGAGAAAUUAAUGAUCCAACUGCUAAGGGUCUCGCAGAUCUUGUCCUUGAAUUAAUUAACGAAAAAAAUUUACAAAUAACAAAAUGCUGUGGGCAAGCUUACGAUGGCGCAGCUGUCAUGAGCGGUGAAUUAAAUGGUCUUCAAAAACGAAUUAGAGAAAUAGCUCCUUAUGCGUAUUUUGUUUAUUGUACAUCGCAUAAAUUAAAUUUGAUACUGAAUGAUGCGGUUUCACAAACUCCAGAAAUCACCCGGUUUUUUGAGUCAGUUCAAGACAUAUACAAUUACUUUGGGAAAAGUAUAGUUCGCUGGAAAAAUCUCCAGUUUUCCAAUGAAGAUGAAACCUCAAAAACUUCAAACAUUACUCUCAAAACAUUGAAUCCCACUCGUUGGGUUGGUCGGUAUGAUGCUGUUUACGCGCUUAAGGUUAGAUUAGGCGAUGUUCUAAAAAAUUUGUCACGUAUCGUUCUUACCAGCAAGAAACCUGACGAGAGGAAUGCAGCAUUAGGACUUCAAAAAAAAAUUGAAAGACUUGAAUUUAUAUUAUUGUUAAUCAUUCAGUGCAAAAUCCUAGAAAAAGUCAACAUCGCAUCUAAAGCUCUUCAGUCGAAAGAACUCGAACUUUCUUCAGCGCACGAUCACCUCGAAAAUGCUUAUUCAGAGGUCGCAAAUCUUCGUAAUUCUUUCGGCGAUUUUCGUGUUGAAGCUUCUGAAUUGUGUGCUAAAUUGAAUAUUCUGGAUCAAUUCGAAGAAAAAAGAAAACGAAGAAAAAAGAAACACUUUGAAGAGCUUUGUGAAGAUGAAAGACUUACUGAUCCUGAAAAACUCUUCAAAGUUUCCAUUUUUUAUCCAAUGAUUGAUUCUAUUUGCUCACAGUUGAAACAUAGAUUCGAGGGAAUGCAUUUGCUUCUGCAAACAUAUAAAGUCGUGCAACCACAAUUUAUUGUCAAUGCAAGCGAACAAGAAUUAACAUUGGAGGCUGAAAAAUUUGUUCAAACAAUUCCUGAACAUAUAUCCAGAUCUUUUCCUGCUCAAUUGUUAUCAAUUAAAUCUGCUUUCAGCUCUGAAAUAAAGCGAAUGAAAACUGUCAAGCAGCUAGCUGAUUUUCUUAUUAUUGAAAACAGUUCUUUAAUGUCGAAUUUUUCUGAUGUUUACACUGCUUGUAUUAUGUAUCUGACUAUCCCAGUAACAGUUGCAUCAGCUGAAAGAUCUUUUUCUAAACUGAAUCUCAUCAGAACUUAUUUGCGGACUUCAAUGGGUCAGGAAAGAUUAAGUGAAUUAGCUAUUUUAUCGAUCGAGAAUGAGAGAGCCCGAAAGAUUGAUUUUACGAAAACGAUUGACGAUUUUGCCACUAUGAAAUCAAGAAAGAAAUCUUUUUAAACGUAAUAAUGCGCAACACAAAGAACUUUUUACACUAGUGAUGUUUCUGUGAUAUUAGUCUUUUAAGGAUAUCUAAGUCUUUAAUUUGUAAUAAUUUGACAGUUAUAAUGAAUACUAAAUAGUUAAAGAAACCACUUGUGAUAUUGAAAAUUUGUCUUACAGAGUAUAUUAAAAAUUAAAACAAACAUAGUUUUUUUCAGUAAACCUUUUCCUUAAGAGGGCCCCCGGAGUUUUUCUGCACUGGGGCCCCCAAGACUGUCGGUACG